CCUGCACACAACACCACCAUUGCCAGCCGCGUCAGUCAAGGAAGGAAAGCGCGUCAAGCAAAUACCACAGCAGAGCAGCCAAGCAAACUGAAGGAACCCAACCUACCAACCAACGGAAUCUCGAAUCCGCCCAAAAUAUUUACAUCACAAACAAUCCGUCCUGUCAACACCCUCUCCCACCACAUAUUAGCAGCCGCCAUAUGACAGAGACUCGGGUCUGGAUCAAAGCUCUACGGUAGCUUUCCCAUCCGGUCGACAGUUCGUUUCACUAUACAUCAUUGUCUCGUCCAUCUUCAUCGAACGUCGACCAGAAAUACCCGACGACCACACGACGGCAGCGACAACGACGACGACGACGACGACCCCGACGACAACACCGCUUCUCGAGGGAACCUUUUCCCACCAAUACCCAUUCUCCCAAAUUUGGUCCCGGCCGCUGAUGGAGACCCUCAUCACCAAUGGCCUCCUUGACCGAUAAGACAUAUUUCCCUCCGCUGGAGGAGUGUUUGACGGGCAAGAACAUAAUACUGUCCUGGAAACUCGUCGCUUCUGCCCUUGCCGACCAACAGGGCGAUCGCAUCACCAGCAAUGCCGUCUCUUCCUUUCUAAAAGAUGCCUACGUCCAGCACCUGCUCAAGAACCCCUCCAAGACCUUUGAACCUCCGACCUCCAAGACGAAAGCCGACUUCGAGACCAAGACCGCCGCCAUCAACGUGACCCAGACGCCCAACGAGCGAUUCAAUAUCAAGACCAUCAGGGACGACGCCAUAUGGCUCAGCACCAAUGUCAACAUCAGCGAAGUUGCCGCCCUGCGCAUCGUCGUAGUCGAGUUCCAGUCGCGCCCACAAGCCCACCUCGUCGGCCCUCUCUCUACCCAGGACAUCGACAAUAUUCAGGAAGCUGCUGGAGUCAGUGAUGCGCAAACUUCCAACAUUCUCGUCCUCCUCAACCUCUCCACCGUUGCCGACGCCGAAACCACAUGGGCCGAGUUUGAGAAGGAUGCCAGCCGCCGCCAGCGAAUUCUGGCCCACUACCUCUCCGAACGCCGGUCCUUCGUGAGCUCCGCCGAGUCACUCGUAACCUUCAUGCUGCACUCGAGUGCUGCCAUCCUGAACCAGGAGACGCAUAACUUGCGACGGGAGAUUGUGAAGGAGGCAUUCGGAUAUGACGAGUUCGACGACCACUCCGAAAUCAACAUCAGCUUGUUCGAGGCCCUUGUACCACGUUACUUCACCCUCCUCGAAGAUGCCAUCAAGAGCGCGCAGACCGGCCCGGCAAACGUGGAAGAACGUCUUCUUACCGAGCAGAUCAACAUUGACUGGACCAGGACGGCUCUCACCGAGGCUAUCCAUGCCAUGACGGUCUCUUUCCAGAUCCUCGACCUCUCGGGCCCCGUGUUUACUACCCCGGAGAUAAUAACUCAGUGGUAUCAGAUCAUGAACACGUACGAGUUCCUAGAUGGCAUCAGCAGCGGCUAUGACCUUGUUUCCGAGCUCGUCAUGCCCUUGAAGAGCUUGGUGUGCGUGAUCUCGCUCAGACUCAUCAACCUCAACCGAUCACUCCUGUACUUGAGCCAAGACAUCGACUUGUUGGACUUCGAAGAGCCCUAUCUAGCAUCAUCCGAGCUUCUAACAAUAAUUCAUACUGCUGUGACCAACGCCGCAAAUGCCGGCUCGCCAACUGCGAGCCCCGUUGUCUUGGCAUGGUCCUUGAUUCUGCAGGAGAUGUUUAUUGGCUACCAGGAACGCGUCGAACGACGGGAUGUUGCUCAAAAUGCUCGCGCUCAAGCCAGUUUCGAAUUGGAGAUUCAGCCGAACCCCAGCGAGCGUAGGAACUCGGCGGGAAGCAUAGUGUCUAUCGAAAGGUCGCCAUAUGAUCUAUUCCUGACCUCGCAGGCCCUUGAGCGGGAUAACCAGUUGGUUGAGACGCUCGCCUUUGCGGCCACCGCUCGUGGCCAGGUAUACGAAGUCAUGUCAGAAAUGGCAGCCUGCCUUGGCCACAGUCAGCUCGCCGCCUUCUCUUCCCUGUUAGGAGCGCGCGCGCGGGCCGUUUUCCUCGAAGUUCUCAAGAAGAGCUUCCCUAUCGUGGGGUACCAGAACGAUACCGUUUCCUGCCUCCUUACCGUACUGUCCGGAGGGAGGCAGUACUGGGAUAUUUCUCCUAAGAAUGCACUGUCCCCAAACCAGGAAGUUGAUUCUGUCAUGCUUCGGGAUGUCGAGCUCAAGGAAAACUAUCUCUUGCAGGCUCGCAGCCGUUACCCUUACGAAUUCCUGCCCUUCGUCUCAUUCACUCGGGCUCUGUUGACGGGCCUCCUCGCAGACAGCGAAAACUCCGAGUGGGUGAUCGGUCUGCUCCUCAAAUCUCCCACCUUGACGUUGGAAUGGAGUCCUGACUGGGUUAAUUACGAACUCAUCUUCGAGGAUGAGAACAUCAACUCCUUCCAGUUGAUUGGCGACCUUGACCUCUUCGAUACCUCCAAGGUUACCAGGAGGCGCCCCGAAAAGGAGGAAAAGUUUACCAUUCCUGCCGGCACUGUUGGACGUUUCGUCUCGGAUAGCGAGAGGAUCGCCAUACUGGAAUACGAGCACUCGGCCCUGGCCCUCCUGGGCAAGCGUCUUGAGGUGUCUUUGAAGGCUGACGCAUACAGCAGUGCACUCCCGGGACUUAGUGCUGACGAGGUGGCGGAAUCGGUACUACUUUUGGCAACCGUUGUCCGAGUCGAGACUCUCAGGACUGCCGUGACCGUUUCGAGGGCUGGCUCUGAGGCUGGCAUGGCAGUCUUGAAAGAGGCGAGCAGAGCGCUACCACACACCAAAGACAUCCUGACGGUUGUCUGUGACCUUAUGGACACCAUCAUCCAAGACGAUCUUGUCAACGUUGAUGGCCCCAAAACGGCGGUUUUGGCAGCCUGCUUACAGUUCCUUGAUGCCGCACUGCCUGUGUGCCCAGGCAGGAUUUGGGCUUACAUGUCUAGAACUGCCCUCAUCAAUGGCGAGACAAGAGCUGGACGGCUGUCGAGGAUUACCGGAAACCUUGACAUGUUGUCUGAGCGCUUCGACUUCCUUUCUUCCGCCGUCAAGUUUUUCUCGAAUCUGAUUGAAAUAGCCAUGCUUGGUGCAGUUCAGCGCAAGGUCGUAAAGGAGACGAAUGCUCGUUCCAACGUCGACACAAACGCAUGGCUGGGAACAAGCGAGAAGGUGAUCUCUCGGGUCUCUCUCGCCAUCGCCCAGACCGCGGUCGAUAUCAUCGAGAAUUCGGCCACGUGGAGAUUCCCAUCCGAGCUGGACCGCAGUGUCGUGGUGCGUGAUGUGGUGGGUAUCAUGCAGAAGCUCCUUUCAUACACCUAUAACCUGAGCGCGAACGGGCCUUCGAAUACCUUGACUGGCUCUCUUGAACCUGCCGCUAGAUACGUUCUCGAAAGCUUUGUCACCGCUUCGUCAAACUCACUCCGAUUCCAACCUCUUUUAGCGACACUUCUUGUUGCCUUCCAAAUUCCUGACUCGACUCUUUACCCCCGCCGGGCUGCCGUUGUCUCGGAGAGGCUCUUAGUUGUCCUUGACUUCGCAACCAUCCUCCUCCGGGUUUCCAACUACCUCGAUCUGCCUGUCAGCAAGCUCCAGACGCAGCUGUUCAAAUCUGCGUCCCUGGUUGCCCGUCUUCCUGCUAUCAGGCUGUCCUUCAAGAUACCGGCGAUAGCUCUUCUGAGCGCGCUGGUAGAAAGUGCCGGGAAGGGUAACGCCGAACCUCCAUCACUGCUGGGAUACCUUGGGCCACAAAUUUCGCGGUCAUUCAUCCAGAUUACUUCACAGCUGGAUAAGCCGUUUGACAGGGUACCAGAGUCGGUCAGUAUAUGGAAGUUCUUUUCAACAAUAAUGCGGAAUCGCCAACAGUGGAUGGCAAACUGCCUCCUUACGGGCAAGACGCCUCGCGAGGCCUUGAAGGGGGAUGGCAAGAUUGCAGAAAUCUCUCCCGACUCGGUUCUUUCCACGGCCAUCGAAAAACUUCGCUCUAUCACGAAGUUGCCAAGCCGGGAAGCCAUCGCCAUUCUAGACUUUUUCACCUCGGCCCAGAACUACUGGCCUUGGACGAUCUUCGCCAUGCAGAAGGAUACGUCCUUCCUGACCGACCUCCGAGCAUAUGUCCGCGAUCUCAAGUCGCCCUCGAUGGUCUCUAGGACAGACCCCAAGGAGGCUGCCUACCAGGCGAGGAUAGCAGCUUACAUUGCCGAGGCAUUUGCCAUGCAGCUGUACCAUCUGCGUCAGAUGGGGCAAUCACAAAAGUUUGCGAAUGACGUCGUGAACGAUCUCGAUUACUUUUUGCGUAACGGAGUUGAGGUUUCGGGGUACAACGCCUCGUUGCAUUCUAACUUUGCAAAGAACUUUAGCCAACGGUACCCGGGGAUUUCGGUAGAGGAUUUCAAGAGGACAGUUCUUGUUCCCCGUGAUCUGGGUUCCCAAUUUUACUAUGCCUUGGAUUUUGCCGACUUGAUGCUCAGUUACGACGUGGCAUGGGAUGGGUCGCGCAAGAACGGCUUCAAGCAUGAGAUGGAGAGGGCUAAUGUGAACUUGUCUUUGGUGGAAGCUGAGAUUGCCCUUUUCCAUGCUUGGGAGUAUCUACUUCUAGAGCUUAGCGUCUCGCUUCUCCCCAAGAACGAAACCGUCGCCAAGCAGAUGGCACAGGUCGCUGAGCAAUGUCUGGAUGCCAACCAACGGGCUCAGCCGCCAGACAACAUCUUCGUCCGCUUGGUUCACGCUCGGGCAAACCUGGCUUUGACGCUUCUUCAACGCCUCGCUGAUGCUUCUCACCUGCCUAAGGACAGCACCAAGCUGCUCACCAGCAUCACAAGGGCCAUCAAUAACAUUGAGGUUCCCUUCGACAAGGAUCAGAUCUCCUAUUUCCGCACCCUCCUCAAGAUCCUCUUCGUCGCUCUCCGUGGAACCAGACACUCGGUCAAUGCCCCUGCGCCCGGCGCCUCCACCUUGUCGAAGUCCGGUGGUGAAAGCAGCUCCGUGGCCGUCACCCAACUGACUCUCAGCAUCCUUGACCGCGUCGUCGCCCAAUCCUUCAGGUCCCUCGUCGCGCUAGUGCACGAACCCACCUCGCCCACCACGCCCGAGGACCUUGCCCUCAUCACCGCGAUCCUGCAAGCCUGCCUGAGCGUCCCCGGCAUUGACCAGUGCCAGGUGCAAAUCCUCAACAUCAUGGCCAGCCACGACGUGUUCCAAGUCGCCACCUCGCUCUUCUCCUGGGCCGACAAGCUGACGGACAAGUCUGGCGACCCAAUUUACGGCGAGCUUUCCUUGCUCUUCCUGCUUGAGCUCUCCGCCAUGCCCGCCAUCGCGGAGCAGCUCGCCUGCGACGGCCUGCUAGACCACAUCACGUCCGCCAACCUUGCCGGCUUCAUGCGCCGCCCCAACGUCGGCCCUCUAGCUGACAACGCUGGCGCCGCCCGCUGCUAUUCCAUAUGGGCCAAGGGCAUCCUGCCUUUACUACUCAACAUGCUCGGUGCUUUGGGCGCCACCAUCGCCCCUGAAAUCGCUUACGUGCUGAAUCAAUUCCCCAAUCUGUUGCGCGCGGCCGUGGAUCGGUUCGAAGCACCAGGCACCCACCGCACCUUUUCGCCCUCCAAGUCCGUUUCUAUCUCGGGUGGUCCCAACAAUAACAAGGACAUGUCUGGCUUCAUCACCCUAACCGCCAUUUCGGAAAUCCACUCCCUCGCCCUCCUCACGCGCGUCCUGUCAGUCAUCAGGAUGACCAAUGUCGGCGGCCACUCGGCAAGAGACAUCCCGCAGAUUACCGGAGGGUGGGAAGACGAGGCCAGACAAAAUCUUUUGGAGAAUGUGGAGUUUUGGCUGGGGAGCAGGAAGGUGUUGAGGGAACGGUUGGUGCCUUUGGGGCAGAGGGAGAUGGAGUGGAGGAGCCAGAAAGCUUCGGAAGGGUCAGCGUGCGAGAAUAAGUUGGAAGAGAAGGCGGUGGAGAUGUUGAGUGGUGUGGCGGAGGUGUUGGCGUUGGGUGAGGCGGAGGAGGGUGCGUAGAAGGUGUUUUACAGUCACUGAGGGAAAGAAGUGAUGAUGAUGGUAAAGGGGUGGAUGUUGAAAGGUGGUGAUGUGUUUUGGAACGCUGCGGUCUGUCUGAUGGAUAAUUGUGUGUAAAAGUAAGGGAUAUGGUUGAAUUGCUAGGCAGUGUAGCAGGAGACUGAGUUUAUGUGUUUUUGUUUACUUCAAGUCGUAAGCGGUAUUGAAAAGGUGGUGUGUUACUUUGCACAGCUGAUGUUUGGGCGUGAUUGCCGGUUUUAGGUUCAUAUAGCAUUUCGACAGUUUUCCCUUGAAAAAUGUUCUUUUGGGUGGCUAUGCG